CUAGAUGUGUUUAUGAUGCGUAGGAAUAAAAGUUUAGGGCUUUUGAAGUUUAAUUUGAAGAGUUCUCUCUUUCUCUUUCCUCUUUCGAUUGUUCCUCUCUCUAGGGUUUUGGGGGUUCUGAGGAUCGUUGUUGAACAUGCAGCUGACGCUUGAAUUCGGUGGAGGAUUGGAACUUCUUUGUGACUCUAAGAAGAUUCAUAAUGUCAAUAUUGAGCAACAUAAUGGAGAAGGCAAGUUAAUCAUGAAAGAUUUGCUUUCUUGGGUACGGACAAACUUGAUUAAGGAGAGGCCUGAGAUGUUCAUGAAAGGAGACACUGUGAGACCUGGAGUUCUUGUCCUGGUGAAUGACUGUGAUUGGGAGCUAAGUGGUCAGCUGGACACAUCACUCGAAGAGAAAGAUGUGGUGGUUUUUAUAUCAACCCUGCAUGGUGGUUAGAACACAGAUUUUCUAAUGGUUAUCACUUAUUGUUAAACAUAGUUGUUGAAGUCAUUUGGAACCUUGAUAACUAAAAAGUUUGUGGAUGAACAAACUUACAUAGUCUAGUAUGCAUAAUGUUAUUUAUAGUCCUUAAUUUCACUGAAAUCAAAUUUGUAUUGCAUUACAGUGUUUAGGCUUUGUUACGAAAAUAGGCAAAAAUGGAUCGUAUAUUACGAAAAUGGGUAAAUUCUAUUCAAAAUACCAAAAUGGGGAAGUCAUGGGGGGCCAGAACGACUUUAAAUCAAGAAGUCGUGUCCCACUGCACGACUUCACACGGUUCAUUUGACCAGUGGUGAAGUCGUGCACCCCAAAAACGACUUCAGGGUGUUGUAAUCGAUUACAAGAUCCUUUAAUCAAUUAAAGCGUGUUGAAGUCGUGUCUCCCCUACACGACUUCACCUUUAUAGGCAAACAUGGUUCUGGUAGUCGAUUAUAGAAGUGUAGUAAUCGAUUACAACGUGUUGAAGUCGUGUCCCCCCUGCACGACUUCACCUUUGUAGGCAAAAAUGUUUCUGGUAAUCGAUUACUACACUUCUGUAAUCGAUUACCAGAGUGUUAAGUGUGCAAGAAGCACCUUGGUAAGCGAUUACAAGCUUGUUGUAAUCGAUUACCAGAGUGUUUUGGUUGGUUUAUGAAAAUUUCUAUUGUAUUGUAAAACAUCAUUAGAGGUUAAUUAUGUGUAAUGAUUUGAAUAUUUGUAAGCACACAUUGUUGUUGAUGACAUUGUGAUCUAUUGUUAUGUGUUGGAAGAGUAAUUAAUUUAAUGUAAAUAGAACAAAGAAAGUAAAACCAUAAGGUAAACUUAAAUGAAAUUUGAAGUCUUUUAUUGAAUUCAAAAUGCAUUACAAAAGCAAGAAGUUUAAAUAAAAAAACGAGAGUACAAUAACAUUGAAAUAUAUCUAGGAAGAUGAUCCACCAUGUGAACCAAAAUGGCGACGCAUAUAGUUAAUGUCAUGCUCCACAUGCUCAACUCGAGCAUCAAUAGUAUCAAAGCGGUCACCCAUGUUAAGCUCUAGUUGUUCAAAUCUUGCAUUCAUGCUUUCAUUCAUUGUAUUGAAGUUGUCCCCAAAAAAUGUUCGGAGAUUAUUGAUACCCCUCAUGGCGUCAUCAAAUGAAGUAGUUUGUUGUUGAACAAGGGAUGGUGGUGGUUGUAGUUGAGGAGGUGCUUGAUUUUGGCGUUGACGUGGAGGAGGAUAAUUUUUGUGAACCCAUCUAUUGUCAGCGUUUUUGGUCAAUCCAAAUGACUGUAUCACUCCUCCUGAUAUUGUGGUAUGCCUACUAGGUGGGAUAGAUAUUUCAUCCUCCAAUUCAAUUUGAAAAUGUUCUAGGAUCCGGGUGACCAAAAAUGGAUAUGGUAAAUGAGCAGUUGACCUCAAAGCCUUCUUCAUCCUAUGUCAGAUGAGAUGGCUCUAGUUUAUCUGCUUUGCCGUCAUUAUUAUCCACAUUAAGAGAAUAUCUUCCUCGGUUGCCUGUGCAAAGUUAGAAACACGUGGAAACAAAACACGACAUAUAACAUAAUGUAAUAUUCUAGCCUCAACUGUCAUAGAGCCGACUAGAAUUCUACUCGUAAGAGGUUUGUAUGGAAAACAAAUCAAUUCUCUUGCUACGUCCAUAUUGUAUUCAUCGGCCCAAUCCUCAAAUAAUUUACCUUCAAAGUUCAAGCCAACAGAGGGGAGGUUGGCUAUGGAAGCUAAUAGGCUUAGUUUGAUAAUCAUUUUGACAUUGUUCACCUCAAUUUUCAUUGUUCCAUUAUCAGAAAAUUUGAGGUUUCUAUAAAAGACACGUACCAAAUAAGGAUAAUAAGGUGCAACAUCACAGACAAAAUCAUCCAAUCCCAGAUUUUUCAGCAUGCCAAAAAAUUCAAAACUGUGAUCGUCGAAAUAUUGUUCAUCUAGGUGUUUUGGGUCAAUUAUUUGACGGUCACUAAAAAGUGAGAAAUACCUUUCAGAUAGUGUAGGAGUGAAAAAUUGAAGAUUUUGGUGUGCUGGAGUCGGUGACGGUGGUGGUGAGGGUGAGGGUGAGCUUUCAGGGGGUGAAGGUUGACGGCGGCGACGUUCCGUAGCUGUAGAAGAUGAGCCCCUAACCCUUUGCCUCUUUGAAGAUUCCGCUAUUUGAGAUUUCAAUCGGUGCAGAUUGAAGAGAAUUCAAAAGAAGAGUGGAAAAAUGUUGUUUAGAAAUGAAAAUACUGGAAGAGGAAGUGAUUUUUGAGGUUUGGGAGGUGUUGUAAUGUAACAGAGCGAAACCCUACCCUAUAAAUUCAACUUUUUCUCUCUCCUCACAAACACUCACUCUUCCCACUCGAGUUGCAGUGCCUCCCCACCAUUACAACACCUCCCAAACCUAAAAAAUCACUUCCUCUUCCACUAUUUUCACUUCUAAACAACAUUUUUCCAUUCUUCUUUCAAUUCUCUUCAAUUUGCACCGAUUGAAAUCUAAAAUGGCGGAAUCUUCAAAGAGGCAAAGGGUUAGGGGCUCAUCCUCUACAACUGUGAAACAUCGCCGUCGUCAACCUUCACCCCCUGAAAGCUCACCCUCACCACCACUGUCACUGACUCCAGCACACCAAAAUCUUCAAUUUUCCACUCCUGCACUAUCUGAAAGGUAUUUCUCACUUUUUAGUGACCGUCAAAUAAUUGACCCAAAACACCUACAUGAACAAUAUUUCGACGAUCACAGUUUUGAACUUUUUGGCAUGCUGAAAAAUUUGGGAUUGUAUGAUUUUGUCUGUGAUGUUGCACCUUAUUAUCCUUAUUUGUUACGUGUCUUUUAUAGAAACCUCAAAUUUUCUGAUAAUGGAACAAUGAAAACUGAGGUGAACAAUGUCAAAAUGAUUAUCAAACCCAACCUAUUAGCUUUCAUAGCCAACCUCCCCUCUGUUGGCUUGAACUUUGAAGGUAAAUUAUUUGAGGAUUGAGCCGAUGAAUACAAUAUGGAUGUAGCAAGAGAAUUGAUUUGUUUGUCAUACAAACAUCUUACGAGUAGAAUUCUAGCCGGCUCUAUGACAGUUGAGGCUAGAAUAUUACAUUGUGUUAUAUGUCGUGUUUUGUUUCCACGUGUUUCUAAUUUUGCACAUGCAACCGAGGAAGAUAUUCUCUUAAUGUGGAUAAUAAUGAUGGUAAAAUAGAUAAAUUGGAGCCAUCUCAUCCAACAUAGGAUGAAGAAGGCUUUGAGGCCAGCUGCUCUUUUACCAUAUCCAUUUUUGGUCACUCGGAUCCUAGAACAUUUUCAAAUUGAAUUGGAGGAUGAAAUAUCUGUCCCACCUAGUAGGCAUACCACAAUAUCAGGAGGAGUGAUACAGUCAUUUGGAUUGACCAAAAACGCUGACAACAGAUGGGUUCACAAAAAUUCUCCUCCUCCACGUCAACGCCAAAAUCAAGCACCUCCUCAACUACAACCACCACCCCUUGUUCAACAACAAACUACUUCAUUUGAUGACAUCAUGAGGGGGAUCAACAAUCUCCGAACAUUUGUUGGGGACAACUUCAAUACAAUGAAUAAAAGCAUGAAUGUAAGAUUUGAACAACUGGAGCUUAACAUGGGUGAUCGCUUUGAUACUAUUGAUGCUCGAGUUGAGCAUGUGGAGCACGACAUUAACUAUCUGCUUCGCCAUUUUGGUCCACAUGGUGGGUCAUCUUCCUAGAUACAUUUCAAUGUUAUUGUACUUUUUUUUUUUAUUUAAGCUUCUUGCUUUUGUAAUGGGUUUUGAAUUCAAUAAAAGACUUCAAAUUUCAUUUA